AUGCGCGCCGCCCUGCCGCUGUCCCGCUGUCUGCGUCCCCUCCCCGCGCGUCUCCUGCGCGCGCCCUUCGCCACUGUCGCGCCUGCGUCGCUCGCUGCUUCCUGGGACCGUCCGUUCCCGUCCAUCCUCGUUUCAGCCAAUGGCGUGACCGCCCAGGGCUCCUUCGCCGAAGCCCAAGCCCGGUACAUCGAGCCAGACAUGGACGUGGUCCACGAGCUGGACGCGCUGCUGCACGAGAAGCAGAUGGGGCUCGUCGCCCACUUCUACAUGGACCCGGAGCUCCAGGGCAUCUUGUCGGCGCUCUCGUGGCCGCACACGUUCAUCGCCGACUCCUUGGCCAUGGGCGAAGCCGCUGCCAAAAUGGCGCACCAGGGCGUCGAGUCGGUCGCGGUCCUGGGCGUGGACUUUAUGGCCGAGAGCGUGCGGGCGAACUUGGACGCGCACGACUUUGCACACGUCCCAGUGUACCGUCUGGCCGAGCACAAGAUCGGCUGCAGUCUGGCCGAAUCGGCCGAGAAACAGGCGUACGUGGCGUACUUAAGGAAAGCGGCCAAGACGCCGAGUAGUGUGCACAUUGUGUACAUUAACACGUCGCUGCGGAGCAAGGCAUUUGCUCAUGAUGUCGUGCCGACUAUUACGUGCACAUCGUCGAACGUUGUGCAGACGGUCUUGCAGGCAUUCGCUCAGGUGCCGGAUGUCCACGUCUGGUACGGACCGGACACGUACAUGGGUGAGAACUUGGAGCAGAUGUUUGGCCACAUUGCACAGCUAUCGGACGAGAAGAUUCGGGAGAUUCACCCGCAGCAUAACCAGAAGACAGUUGCGGAGCUGCUUACGCGGUUUGAGUACUUUAAAGAGGGCAACUGCGUGGUGCACCAUAUGUUUGGCGACAAGGUGACACAGCGCGUUCGUGAAGACUAUGGUCAUGCGUACUACACGGCGCACUUUGAAGUGCCUGGUGAGAUGUUUACACUGGCGAUGGAGGCGCAGAACAAGGGUCGGGGGGUGGUUGGCUCGACGUCGAAUAUCCUGAACUUUAUCAAGGCCAAGACGGCGCAUGCACUGAAGACCGGGUCUGGAGAGAGGCUGAGCUUUGUGCUAGGCACAGAGGCCGGCAUGAUCACAUCGAUUGUGCGCGGCGUGCAGGAUAUGCUGAACGCUCAUCAGGGUGGGGUGAAGCCGGAGGUUGAGAUCAUCUUCCCCGUGUCGGCGGAUGCUGUUGCUCUGGAAGGAAGUGAGCUGGUGCCUGGCGUGGCUGGUGGUGAAGGGUGCUCGACAGCGGGUGGCUGUGCCACAUGUCCGUUCAUGAAAAUGAAUGAUAUUGAUGCUUUGUUUCGUGUCGUGGAAGGCGCGUCUACAAAAGCGAAAGGUGUCGAUCCGCUGGCCAAGUUUUAUCCGGAGAAGUACAGCCAGCUUAUCAAUGGAAGAACCGUCACGGAUAUUGGCAUCCAGCCCAUUUUGCACAUGAAGUCUUUCAUGGAUGGGCAAAAGUUCUCCGAUGCGCUAGUGAAAGAUAUCAAGACGCGGACACCUGGUGCUGGCUGUCCGAGCGAGCAUAGUUAG